GUCAGAAGUUACAGGCUGAUGAAAGUGCCACAUGCGGUGAAUGUCAGGAGUUGAGCUGCGGGUAUAACUGAGCACAGCAGCCUGUUACUGGCAGCCGUUUGAGGAGGGUGUGUUAUCCUCUCUAGUGCUUUGGGAGCAGAGUGAGUGCCAGGAUGAUUCUGGCGACGCUGAAGAGCAUCGGGAGGCAGCUUCUGAGGGUGAAGGCUGUGGACUGCAACACGGAGGAGUCCCGCCUGUCCCGAUGCCUCAACACCUUCGACCUGGUGGCCUUGGGCGUCGGCAGCACGCUGGGAGCGGGCGUCUAUGUGCUGGCCGGCGCCGUGGCCCGGGACAAUGCUGGACCUGCCAUCGUCCUCUCGUUCCUCAUUGCCGCCCUGGCCUCUGUCCUGGCCGGGCUGUGCUAUGCUGAGUUCGGGGCCCGCGUCCCCAAAACUGGCUCAGCUUACCUCUACAGCUAUGUGACCGUUGGAGAACUCUGGGCUUUCAUCACCGGCUGGAACCUCAUCCUUUCGUAUAUCAUUGGAACUUCAAGCGUGGCCAGAGCCUGGAGCGCAACAUUUGAUGAGCUGAUUGGAAGACACAUCGAGGAAUUCUGCAGGCGCUACAUGACCAUGAACGCGCCAGGAGUCCUGGCAGAGUAUCCAGACAUAUUUGCUGUCUUCAUCAUCAUUACCCUGACAGGACUUCUUGCAUUUGGCGUGAAGGAGUCGGCUAUGGUUAAUAAAGUCUUCACCUGCAUCAAUGUCCUGGUGCUGCUGUUUGUGGUCAUCUCAGGCUUUGUCAAAGGAAGCCUUAAAAACUGGAAUCUGGACCCUGACGUCAUUCGAAAUGCCACCAUCAACUCAAGCUUUAAUGUGUCCGAGUCUGAACCAUUAGAUGAAAGGCUUGGCAUGGGGGGUUUCAUGCCUUUUGGCUUCAGUGGAGUCCUCUCUGGUGCUGCCACAUGUUUUUACGCCUUUGUAGGAUUCGACUGCAUUGCCACCACAGGAGAGGAAGUGAAGAAUCCCCAGAGGGCCAUUCCUAUUGGGAUUGUGGCCUCCCUCCUCAUCUGUUUUGUGGCCUAUUUUGGUGUGUCUGCAGCCCUUACUAUGAUGAUGCCUUACUACUUGCUGGACAAGAACAGCCCUCUGCCUGUGGCCUUUAAGUAUGUGGGCUGGGAGGGAGCCACUUAUGCGGUGGCCAUCGGCUCUCUGUGUGCCUUGUCUACCAGUUUACUUGGCUCCAUGUUCCCAAUGCCCCGGGUGAUUUGGGCCAUGUCAGAGGAUGGCCUGCUCUUCAAAUGUUUAGCUAAAAUCAACCCAAGAACCAAAACCCCCCUAACAGCUACAGUAACAUCAGGCGUUGUGGCAGCGGUGAUGGCCUUCCUGUUUGACCUGAAGGACCUGGUAGAUCUGAUGUCCAUCGGCACAUUGCUGGCAUACACACUGGUGGCUGCGUGUGUGCUCGUCCUCAGGUACCAGCCGGAACAGCCGGCUGCAGCCUAUGAGAUGGCCAACACUCAAGAUGAAUCUGAAAAUCCUGAAUCCUUUAACGAGGGGACCGCUGGCUUCUUGCCAGAGCCAGACGAUCACUUCACUGUCAAGAACCUCCUUUACCCCGCAAACACAGAGCCCUCCCCCCUGUCUGGUUUAGCGGUCAACAUCUGCACCAGUGUACUUGGUGUUUUGGUGUGUGUCUUCUGUGUGGUAGCAGUCCAAGGAGGAUUUGCGGCCUGGUCCGUGUCAAUCCUCAGUGUUUGCAUGGUCGUCUGUCUGGUCAUCACCUUCAUCAUAUGGAGGCAGCCCGAGAGCAAGGCCAAGCUCGCCUUCAAGGUUCCUUUGCUGCCCUUCGUCCCAGUCACCAGCAUGUUCAUCAAUGUCUACCUGAUGAUGCAGCUGGACAGAGGCACCUGGUUGCGCUUCGCCAUCUGGAUGGCUCUUGGUUUCGUUAUCUACUUUGGCUACGGUAUUCGAAACAGUGCAGAGGCAGUGUUGAACAGCUCGAGCCCUGACAGCUACAAACCCGCCUGCACACUCAGUGGACAGCCCAUGGCCCCGGAGAAGGAGGCCUUUCUGCACAACGGACUAAAUGCCACAGGAGAGGAUGAUGAAGAGUCCUAAGGAAAGGCUCGGUAAUCCCGUCUGAGCGUGUUCUGAAUAUUUCCACACCCACAUCUUAAAUUCUCAGAAAUGGCUGCAAAUCCAGGAGACUUAAGGGGUUUUGUGUGGCACUCCUCCAGUGGGAGGAAUGAGUCUCCUCACUGGCGCCAGAAAUGUUGCCUAAUUUGGCUGCUAACACCCAGAUAAGGAAUAUGUUUGAGAGAAGCAAAAAGGCUAAUUAGAUCUUAAGGCCACAUACAUACCCUUUAGGAAGGCAAUAACAAGAAUCUCCUCCAUACCACUGAAAAACAAACGUUAUUUCAGAUAACUAGCUAAUAGUCUAGCUAAAAGUCACUUUUUUUAUGUUUUGCACUUUGAUAUGAUCAGUUCCCCUAAAGUAGCACCAAAUCUGUGGACAACAACCCAAGGCAGGGCAUUAAAUGCAGAUUUAACAAAGUUUUACUCGUACAUAUCUACGGUAGUUACACAUUUUUACUUUUAUUUUUCAAACAAAGACUCGGAUCCAAAGCUUGUCAAUAAGAUGAGCAUCAUAUUUAGCAUUUGUCGCUGUACUUUUGGCCGGAAAUUGUUUAGCACGUUCAAAAGCUGAUUUGUCCUCUGAAAUUAUGGACGCGCACACCAAGAGGUAUGUAGAAUCGAAAAUCUCUGAUUUCAGUGAAACGGCUGUUUACAAAAGACACGUUAUGAAUCAUGAAAUCUGCUUUUUUUUUUUUUUUUUUAAAUGAUUGAGGUCCAUCAAAUCCUUUGGAAAAUUUGCAUACCUUCUCGAGAGUUCAGGCCACCGGUGGGUGUCACGGUAAACGCCUCACACUCGUACUUGGUGUAUUAGUGCCAAUAAAUAAAAAGCGAGGGGCACAGGCACAGUGCUGGCUGCUGUGUCCCAAGCCCUCAGGAGAUUAUUCUGAAAUAUACACCCCUGUUUAAAACUUUAAAAUCAUUCGACAAGAGCUGCACAAGAUGUACCUCAGUCAGCUCGUCAUCAUUCUCGCACAGUAGCGGUGUUUAACUGUAUUCCCGGGGCCUUCUGUCCGACUCUGUGAACCUUUACCUCAAAGAUACAACUUUGUGUGUGCGAGUGAUGCGUUUUGUCACUCGGUUACAGUACGGAUAGUAUUACUGUGUCUGCUUUGGUGUCAUUAGUGUAACCCAGAGAUAAGUGGAUUGGUGCUCCACAGUAAUCUGCAGGCAGUGUGUCUCUGUGUAAGAGGGUUGAUGGUAUUUGAAUUUGCGUUUAACCAGUUGGGGGCUGCCUCAUCACACACUUAUUUAUUGGAGAACAAAUACAUCAUAACUUCAUAGCUGGCAUGUCUCUCCGGGGGAACUGAACCUUUUAUAAUUUAAACAGAGAAAAUGUGCCUGCUGCCUUUGUGCAAUAUUGGAUUUAUUCUGAUAUGGUUUAUCAGAAAGUAUAGUGGAGAGAAUUCCACCCGCGAUAUCAGCAAUCUAUUUUCCAAGUGCCUGUUCCACAAAUCAAAUAGGGCUGGGUAAAAAUAUCAGUUUUUUUCCAAUGACUCAUGAUCUUCAUGCGAGUGAUCCUCUACCGGUUCAUGAAAUCCCAGGAUUGAUCUUUUAAUCUGUGCCUUUUUUUUUAAAGUCGAUGUGUAAAUAGUUUUGCUAAAAGUCAUUUGUAAGGUGCCUCCUGUCCUGCAGAUAUAUAUCGUCUGCUGGGCCUACAGAAACUCAUUUGACUAAAUUAUGUUUUGGACGAAUGAGCCAACGAUGGCGGGAGCUGCCCUCCUGACGCCUGCGCCGCCAAAGCCUGAGAGCAGAUGUCUUGAUGAAUUUUGGAUUUAAUAACUGUGAUGAUAUAAAGGAGUUGGACAAACCCAAAGCAUUUUAUAUGGAAUAUCCCUUUAAAUUCAGCACCUUGUGAAUCACAUCAGGAUAUCAGCUCCAAUACCCAGCCCUAUAAUCACAUGUCAACCCCACUGACCUGUGAUAGUUUCUUAUCACAGACUAGUAUUGUCAAAUAUAUACAUUGUGUGUGUAUAUACUGUACACUGUGUAUUUUGAAAAGCCUAUAUUUAAUUAAUCUUUAAAGAGAUAUUUCAGUUGAGUUGGCAGUUUUUCACUUUUUAGCAUGCAUUCCUCCAUACGGGAUAAUGCAAAGUCACCUGCUGAUAUUGAAUACCAGGGGUUUCCAUAGCGAUGGCACUGGCUUCUAUGUUGAAAACCCCACAGAGAGAAAAAAAAUCAUGUUUUAAGAUGUACAUUAAUUGUAGUAAACUAUAACUCAUAUUAAUAUCUUCAAGUCAGUUUUCCAGACAGCAAUAAUUGUCUAAACUUGUGAAUAAAAACUGAUGAUAGAGGCAGCUAAAAUCACAGUGACAUACGGUAUUGAGGUAUGCAUGUUAAAAAAAAAAAAAGAGAUUCAGAAUGGCCCAAACUGUAAUAUCUCUUUAAUAAGUCCCUUUUAAUUGGUACAAUAUAAUACAGUAAAACGUGUUUUUGCUGCUGUUUUUCUGCUUCUGAUGUUGCCUCGCAAACCGGACGAUGUUCAGUCGGGAUUGCGAGGCAAAUAUGGCUGUGGUUUGAGCCACAUAGUGUUUGAGUGUUUGGUUAUGCUGCAGAACGAAGCCUAUUUUUACAUUGCUAACUAUUUUAUUGGCGAGGCCGGUGGAGACGUUUCUACAGAUAACACCCAAAGUACAGCCAGGGGAGAUGGAGUGAACAAUUUUGUACAAAACAUAUCUAAAUUAAUUGUAAGAAACUGAACAGCAGUGUCAAGUAAGAUUGUGUUGCAGUUAUGUACCGUUUUCUUGUUCAUCACAAUCUUUUUUGUAAAUACAGUGUUUUUGUAAUAUAUUACUGUUGGUGCCUUCUCCGUCAUGGAAGCUUACAGCAACUAGCCGUAAAUUGUAGCCGGGGUUUAUUCAGGUUUAUUCAGCAUUACCUGGGUCACAAUGCAAUCUGCCAGCAUUUUAUUACUGGUUUGGGGUUUCUUGUAUAUACAGUCAUGAUUUUUCUCAAAUGUAACACAAUGUUUCUGAAGUUACUGACAAUAUUUGAAGGGAGAUAUGUGUACUAGCCCACAGCUUUUGCCUGUAAUGGCUGUGAGAAAAAUACCAUCAAUGGUAAUAAGCAUUAUGGGAACAGGUGUACCUGUUUAAUCAAUGUAUAUGUGUAUAAAAAAAUGCAAGCAGACUUAUAUGUGAUUCAUCAGUAUGAGUAUCUGAUCUCACUGGGUUCAUGGUGAUGUAACAUAUUAAUCUUCACGGUCACAGAUGAUGCCAUUUUCUCAUUCAUCACUUCAUUAAAUCGUCAUGUUGUUGUAGUUUUAGGCUUCAUCCCUGCAAGUGAAACAAGACCUUGUAUGAUUUUUUUUUUGUCUGUGACACUGUAUUUUGUGAAUACUUUUGCAUGUGCUAAAAAGCGUUGAAAGCUUUACCACGUUUGAACAAAGACUUAGAUUUUACAGAACUGUUACAUUGUAAACUCAUUUAUAUUCUGUCACGAUGGUAAAAGGUGAGGUUUUGCAUUCUGUGUCAGUCAACAUGUAUCAUCUUGUUAGUGGUUGAGGUUUAUAUAGUCCAUGCUGUAAAUAAACAAUGGUGAAUGGUAAA